UUGCUUGCUAGCUUCAUUGUCAUUAACUUCAUUACAACAAUCAAGCAUCUCUUAUCUCCACUUCACACUCCUAUCAUCCAUGGCAAGGAGAAAUGCUACCUUUCCCAUCCAUUUUUUCAAGAUCAUCCUCCAAUCUAAUCUUCAAAGACUUAAAAUACCACAUAAGUUUACAAAGAAACAUGGAGUUGGUCUAUCAAAUCCAGUGUUGAUCAAGCCUCCAGAUGGCACUAAAUGGAAAGUUUAUUGGAAAAAAAUCGAUGGUGAGAUUUGGUUUGAAAAGGGUUGGAAAUAUUUUACUGAAAAUUACUCUCUUGGACAUGGCUCUUUGGUGGUGUUUGAAUAUAAAGGAACUUCGAAAUUUGAUGUAGUAAUACUUGGUCGGAAUGCAGUAGAAAUAGACUAUGAUACUUCAUGUGACACUGAUGAUGAAAAUGACAAUGUUGGUCAUAGUGAUGAUGAAUCAGUUGAGAUUUUAGAUGAAUGGCCAAAUCAGAAGAGUACUGGAAAAAGGUCGCCAUUAUUUUCUCCUCGACCGUAUAAGAAAGUAAGAGCUGAGGUUAUGAAGACUAGUGAAAGAACUACAUCAUGGAAUUGGCCAAAGGGAGCUAGAGCUCAGGAAGUAGCUUUAAAAUUCAUCUCAACCAAUCCUUUUUUCACAAUUCUCAUAAACCCUACUCAUCUAGCAGAAAAUCGGGUGUGUGUACCAACUUUAAAUGGGGUUAUUGAGAACAAAGAAAAGUAUGUGAUGCUGCAGAUUGGGAAAAGAUCAUGGAAUCUGAAAUUGCUCCCUUAUUGCGAGGCUAGAAAUGUUCGCCGCCUUUCGGCCGGUUGGUCCUUGUUUGCUAGAGAAAGUGGACUGCAAGCAGGAGAUGUUUGUGUCUUUGAACUGAUAAACAAGAAGGAUUUGGUUUUUAAUAUUCAUAUUACCAAAAGUGACAGUUAAUGUAUCUGUUUGGAUGUUGUUGUUUUGAGUUAUAGCAGUAAUAUGCAUCAAAUGGGUGAAGUGACCUCAAACUUUCGUUUUAGUAUUAGUUAAUUAUGAUGAUAUAUAUAUGAACUAUGGUCCAUCAUGAGGCAUGAAUUUCUUAUAUUUCUUUCAAAUUUAAGUGUUAUUUGCAACAUCUU